AUGGAGCCAACAAAGCACCAGAACGUCGCUGGCUCUUCCAGAUCUGAGCCACCCGCACCGAUCUUCACCUCCACAGCUGCCAGCAGCAAGCCUGAAUCAAGAGACGAUCAGCACUACUAUCCACCAUCGAACCGUGAAGUCCCGUCAUCUGAAGCACCAAGUGGUGAAGCUGAGAGGGACCAUCAUCGAUCCAUCACAGAAUUUGUAGCGAGCGGAACAGUCGCACCUACCCAUUUUGGUACCAGAAGAAGGCGCCUACUUCAUCCAGCGUCACAUCCUGCUCUAGCUCCAUCAUCAGAUAAUUUCCCGUUAUCAAGCUCUCACCUUGCCAGAGAGGAAACCCCCGUUUCUUUUGCAGUACACCGUCCUGGGCCUCGCCGCACCCCCAUCGAACGACGUGUCCGCAGACAAGGCCUUGAGCAGCCACAUCAACUUGAGCUUCCUCGAUCGAGUUUUGAGAGUCAUCGCUCUGCUGGCCGCUUUGCCGCCGACGUAGGAAGUCACCCUGAAGAACGUCGUUCACAGGAUCAAGUUCGAAAUCUCAACCAAGAACAAAGUGUCCCCGAUCUUGUAAGGUCGGCAUCUCCUGGAUCUAGAGUCGGAGCGAGAUCUCUAUCAGUCGGCCUCACACUUCCCACCGAGCUAGAGCUUCUUGUCGCGUCUGAGAACUCACAACCUCCACCACCAAUUCCGCCAAGAGCCGCUUCUCGACCGAAUCCAUAUCCAUCUUCCACACCAGCAGUUCCUCCUCGUUCACUUGUUCGAAGGAGAGCAGUUUCGUACAGGAGUAACCCUCCAGGAAUUGCAUCUGCAUCAAGACAAGGAGCGCAUAGAGUCAUAACUACGCCAGUACGGCCGCUUGAAAGCCUUCCAGAAUCUCCACAGAGGCAUCAUUCUCGACCCUCAGGAAGUGACAAUAGUUUUCGCAAAGAGAAUUCGUCUUCUUCACCACUUGCCAGACAAGUAACACCUGCAAGGAAACCACAGAAUCCGGUUACUCCUGAAGCGAGAUCUUUGGGUACUGCUGGCACAGGGUCUUCCGGAACAACUUCUUUCAGCUCAACAAACAACGAGGCUGGUUAUUUGCUGCAGGGACAAGGUCCGAGCCGGGCAGAACAUUCUGCUGCAGAAAGCUUUGGAGCUGUUGGCGAUUUUUCAGCCGGACCACACGUGCGUGGUAUCUCAGGGAGCACAGCCAGUCCGGACUGCGGGACACCUUCCUCGUCGCCUCUUGCUGAUUUUGACUUUGGUUUCGAGAGGGAAGAAGACGAGAGAGUUUCUGGACAAGGUCGCUCCGGCCGCGUUCCACCACCCAAUACACCUGCACCAGCACACCCAAAUUUUGCUAAUUUCAAAUUCUCCUUUGCCAGCCUUGAGAGUGCGCCGCAAGAGGCUCCAGAAGAAACCCGAUCUUCAGAACCUGCACCAGCACACCCAAAUUUCGCUAAUUUCAAGUUCUCCUUUGCAAGCCUUGAGAGUGGGCCGCAAGAGGCUUCAGAAGAAACCGGAUCUACAAAGCCUUCUCUACCAGAACUACCCCCCGCAGGAAUCGGGCGCGGUCCGCGAGGCCUUGCUUCUGCCAUUGCUGAGAAGUGUCGCAAGUUUGAAGUAGAAUCUCCACCGGCACGAGCCAAACAGACCAGCACACAGUCUCAAGUGAGAGCAGUCAGUGACGACGCUGGUCCACGGCUUAGGCUCUCUCCUUCUUCACGAAUUUCUUCAGGUCUUCCCAAAACUGGUACUGAAGAAUCAGCUUUGUCAGAGAUCGCAAAGGGCCAGAGACCCGAGCAGCGAAGUCCAAUGCCAAAUCGUUCUGACUCGUCCGAAGACAUGGAUUUCCUCCAUCCCGAGUCUGCUGCGGCAAUGACCGAACAUCGCCGUGAGGCUGUCCGCAUGGCAAAAAGCCAAGAAGCAGCAGUUGUCGAGAAAUGUAAGCGAUCUGGUGCGGCUGCUCCACCAUACACCUUCGAUGAACUCAUCGGCAAGGGUUCAUUUGGUCGAGUGUACAAGGGACGUCAGACCAGCAGCAACAAAGUCGUUGCCAUCAAAGUCAUCGAUGUAGAUGACACAGAUUUCCGUGCAUUCGGAGACGCAAAGGAUGAGCAGAUCAACGAUUUCAACAAGGAAAUUCGCAUUCUGCGACAGGCACAAGAAUCAGGAGCUCCAAAUUUGAACCAGAUGAUCGAAGCUCUUCCGGUCCAUUCCCAGCUGUGGCUCGUUUGCGAACAUUGUCCAGGUGGAAGCGUGAAGACCCUGAUGCGAGCAACGAAUGACAAGCUUGGAGAGAAAUAUAUCACCGUUGUUGCUAGGGAACUUAGUAAGGCUUUGAAGGGACUUCACGAUGCCGGAAUAAUGCAUCGAGACAUCAAAGCUGCCAAUGUGCUUAUCCACGAAGAAGGGAGCUUGCAACUUUGUGAUUUUGGUGUUGCUACAGUGCUUGACAAGAAGACCGACAAGCGAAGAACGUUUAUAGGGACACUUCACUGGAUGCCACCUGAGCUGUGGGAUAAAGAUCCGGAAUAUUCUGAUGAGGUAACAACCCGACCUUCAUUCAGUGAUGUUUUAGCACAUGAAUAUCUUGCCAACACCGAGGAGACUCACCCGACUCGCAUCCUGAGCGAACUUGUCAAGGUCUACUACAGCUGGCUUUACGGCGGAGGUCAACGAGCAUCUCUUUUUAUGCCUGGUGGUGCAGCUGCAGCCAGUGCACCCGAAUCUUUAACCACAUCCGACGAGGAGUGGAACUUUAGUGCCACCGAUAAUUUCAAGAAACGCAUGUCUAGUGUUCUCAACAUCCCCGACUUCUCUGAUCUCUCAGAAAUGCAAAGCAUGGAGGGCGACUCGACACCGAAAGCCCCGAGAGCUGCUGCUACAGGCGAACUGAGCUCAGAAGAGCAAGCGAAUUUUGAAGAGAGAGUCCGACGAGGAGCCGAUCUCUCGAACAUCUUUGACCCCAACAAACCCAACUACGAGUACGUCACUAAGAAGGAUUUCGUUCCUAUCCAACAGCGACGAGUCUCGGAUCUACCUCUUCGCGCCAUGAGUGAAGAAAGACCAUAUUCUAUUGCUAAUCAAGUCAUCGAUCUUGGUGAGUACGACUCAUCCAACUACGCCUCUGUGUCACAAACCAAAGACGAGAAGAUCAAGCUUGCCGACGCAGCCACCAUCAAAGCCAACCGUGGCAAUUCUAAGCUGUACCUCGAUGUACCUACCUCUGAAACGUCGACGACCAAACCAACAAUGUCUGCCAACAAAGGACUCUCGGCCGCCAAUAUAAGCGCUGAUGCGCUCCUGAAAGAAGGGAAGGGCGCUUAUUUCGUAAAGGAGUAUUAG